AUGGCGCAAGGUGAGAGCGAGACGCCCGCGGACCUCGCGGCGCUCGCGCUUGCAGCAGGAAAUAGUUCCGUGAGUGAUGCUGCGGUCGCAGCUGUCCUUAGCGAGCGGCUCGGGAACGCGAUGCCCUAUACUUGGGCGUCCGCGACGACCCUCGUGGCCGCGAACCCGUUCCGUGAGCAGGAUGCGAUGGAUGCCGAGGCCGCAGAGCAUGCCUCGGUGUAUCACGACCUAGCGGCUAUCGCGCCGCACCCAUGUGCGCUUGCGGCACGCGCCUACCACAAGAUGCUGCGCACGCAGCACUCGCAGGCCAUCCUGUACCAUGGCAUGAGCGACUCGGGCAAGUCGCAUGCGAUGCAGCUUAUCACCGAGCAUCUCCUAGCGCUUGCUGCAAGCAAUACACCCCAGGAGACGCACAUCGCCGACCAGGUGCGGUGCGCACAGCACGUCCUCGGCGCGUUCGGCACAGCCCGGACAAGCCACUCGGAACGCUCCUCGCGCCACGCCACCUAUCUUGAGCUGCACUUUAGCGGCGAGGGGCGUCUUGCGGGUGCCAAGGUGCUUGCGUUUGGCCUGGAUAAACAUAGGCUACACGACGUCGCUCCGGGCGAGCGCGUGUUUGCCAUUUUCUACCAGCUGCUUGCAGGUGCGACACGCGACGAACGCGCGGCGUACCAGCUCGACGAAACGCCGUCGCCGCGCCUUCUUCCUCCGGGAGCACCGCCGUCGCGCGAGGAUGCGCGUGCGUGCGACUGGACACGCAGCGCGCUGGCCGCACUGGGUCUCAAGGAGAAACACGUCCAAGGCAUCUUUCGCGUGCUUGCUGCGCUCUUGCACCUUUCCGACGUCCAGUUCUCGGAGCCGGCUGGGGAGGGCCAGGCCGCGCACGUCGCGACGCAGCCCGCGCUGCAGCGGGCCGCCGACGUACUCCAGGUGCGUGUCGGCGAUCUGGCGCAGAGCCUCGUGAUGGACACACGCUACAUCGGCAACGAACGUGUGACCAAGAUGUUAGAUGUGCGCAACUCAAACCGGCAGCGUGAUGCGCUGGUCCAAAAUCUCUACGCGGUGCUCUUUGCAUUUGUCGUCGAAGUUGUGAACCAAAAACUCGCGCCCCACGGCGCCCAGCCCCUGCACCUCGUCCAGCUCGAUACACCGGGCUUUGUUGCGCGUUCCGACGCGGGCAAGCCAAACCCAGCGCACUUUGACGACCUCAUGAAGAACUACAUGGCGGAGCUUUUGCGCCACGUCGACCUGCGCUCGGUCCUCGACGCAGACGCGCCACGCAACGUUUCCCUGGCGGCCGACGGCAUGACUGUGCCGCCGACUGCACGCUGGACGGAUAUCAUGCGCCUCUUGCGCGGCGGCAACGUGCCGCUCGACGCAGACGCCCCACCGCCGGACGGUCUGCUGGGCGACUAUGAGCGGGCCUUCCGCCACGUCCUCGACGGGACGCGCCGCGAGAGCGACGACCGUGCAAUGGUCGCCGAUAUGGACCGCCACUGCGACGAGCGUGCUUUUUCGCCGAGCGAUCCCCGCCGUGGCACGCUCUCGUUCGACAUUAAUCAUACGUUUGGACCGUGCGCUUAUUCGGUCGCGCAGCACCAGCGCUCCGAGCUCGAUCUCUUGCCCACCCAGCAGUACCAGCUGCUGCGCACGUCGCAAAGCACUUUUAUUACACGCCUCUUUGCGGGACCGGGCAUGGCGAUCGAGUCGCAUCUGUCCGAUCGCCAAGUGGUGCUGCGUGCGCAGGUCGCUUCGCGCCCCCUGCGCCGCCCGACACCGCUCCAGGCACGCAUCACACACUGGGACGAUGCGCAUGUCCAAGGCGUCUCACACCAGCUCGAUGCUGCGUUGUUGGCGCUCGCACGCAUGGUGCACAGCACCGACACCGUGUGGCGCGUUCUCUGUAUCCGCUCCAACGACCUGUCGCAGCCGAACGCAUUUGAUACGAAACGCGUCGCGCGGCAAGUCAAGGCACUUGCCAUCCCACAACUCCUUGCGCACGCGCAGCACAGCUACAUUGAGCCGAUGUCGCUUGAGGUGUUCUGCGCACGCUACCACCCCCUUCUCCAAGCGACACUCGGCGAGGCGGUCAUGGCCGCUGCCGAUGCACGUGGCGUCCUGCUCGAGUUUGCAUAUGCCAAGGGCUGGGCGGAGCCAAGCGAAAUGAUGCUCGGCCGCUCGCAAGUGUGCUUGUCGUACUACGCCUGGUACGAGCUCGAGGACGGCGUGCGUGCGGUACGUGGUGAAAAGAGUGUCGCUCAACCCGUCAAGAAGCGGCGUGCGGCGCUCGGUGCGUCGCGCCAGGACGCGCAGCCGCGCUACUCGGCGUACUCGAGCGAGGCCACAAACUACGGCGCGAGCUACGACGGGCACCAGGGCUACGAUGCUGCCUACGCCGGCCAGGCGCAAGGCUACGACCCCGCCUAUGCCGCUCAAGCGCAGCACUACGAUGCACACGGCCACCUCGUCGAGCCGGCGUACCAAGAGCCGUCGAUGAUGCAGGCGAGUGCGUCGGACGUCUCGCUGCUCAAGAACGAGACGGCGCCGUACUCGGACGACCCCCACGCCCACGCGCACUACCCCCCCGAUCCCAUCCCUUUGACCUCGUGGGCGCCAGCCGAUGCUCCGCUCGAGAAGGACGCACUGCUGCAGCCGACCGAGGUCGAAGAGGUGCCGGUGACGCCUCUGCGCCGCUGGUGGGUGCGCCUGACGUGGCUGCUUACCUGGUUCAUCCCCAACUCAGUCCUGUCGAGUGUUGGCGGCAUGACGCGUCCCGACGUGCGCAUGGCGUGGCGCGAGAAGAUCACGAUUUGUGCGUUAAUCUUUUUCCUGUGCUCGCUCGUGAUUUUCUACAUUGUUGGUGUCGGCCGCCUGCUAUGCCCCGACUUUAACAAGGCAUGGACUGAAGGACAGCUGGGCGAGCACAGCACAAGCAAGUCGUUCUACGUCGCAGUGCAAGGCAGUGUGUACGACAUCACCAAGUUUUACAAGAUGGACCACUCCGAUCUGCCUGCAACGCCUGUCACGGAAGAUGUCAUGAUGGAGCUGGCCGGCCAGGACCUCACGCCGUACUUCCCGGUGCCCCUUGCAGCAGGCUGCCAAGGGCUUGUCGACGACGGCUCAUUGCAGCUGAGUCAAUCGGAGAACCUCACGGGCAGUAUCGGCCAGGCGAUGCACAUCUCGGGCGAUGCGCAGCCGUACAAGAACACCAAGCUGGAUAGCCCGACUUGGUACUUUAACCGAUUCCUGCCCAAGAUGAAGCAGUACUACAAAGGCUACUUUGUCUUUGACCCGAAGCAGAUCUCCACGGACGGCUCGUGGCGCAAGUGGGCGACGGUCGACGGGAAGGUAUACGACCUGACCAACUACCUGUAUACACAACAGCUGCAUCAAGGCGAUGACAAGUACUCUUUCUUGGACGAUGACAUGGUCGAUCUCUUUGACGCCCAGGCGGGCGGCGACGUUUCGGAUGACUUUAAAAAGACGCUGCAAGGCAUGUCGCCGGACCGCCGAAAGCAGACACAAAACUGCUUUGACAACGUCUUUUACGUUGGCAAGAGCGACUUCCGUGUGACGCCCAAGUGUGUUGUGCAAAACUACCUAUUGCUUUCUUUCUCGAUUCUCAUUUUCUUGACCAUCUUUUCCAAGUUUGUCAGUGCACUGCAACUCGUGCGCCGACCGACGCCGGAGCAGCAGGACCGCUUUGUGAUCUGCCAUGUUCCCUGUUAUACAGAGGACGAGGACUCGCUGAGGAAGACCAUCGACUCGCUCGCGGUGCAAGAGUACGACAACAAGCGCAAGCUACUGUUUAUUGUCUGUGACGGUAUGAUUACGGGUAGUGGCAACGACCGCCCCACGCCGCGUAUUGUGCUUGACAUUCUUGGCGUGGACGCCAAGGUGGAUCCCGAGCCGCUGCCGUUCAAGUCGGUUGCCGAGGGCUCGAAGCAGCUGAACUACGGCAAGGUGUACUCGGGCCUUUAUGAGUGUGAAGGCAACGUCGUUCCCUACGUGGUUGUCGUCAAGGUCGGCCGUCCCAGCGAGCAGUCGCGCCCCGGUAACCGCGGUAAGCGUGACACGCAGGUGCUGCUGAUGCGCUACUUGAACCGUGUGCACUUUGACUCGCCCAUGUCGCCGCUUGAGCUCGAGCUGUACCACCACAUGAAGAAUGUGAUUGGUAUCGAUCCCUCGUUCUAUGAGUACAUCUUGAUGGUGGAUGCCGAUACCGGUAUUGCGGCCGACGGUAUGAACCGACUUGUGUCGGCCGCGGUGAACGACCACUCGAUCAUUGCCGUGUGUGGUGAGACGCUCCUCGAGAAUGCGGACCAGAGCUGGUGGACCAUGGUGCAGGUGUACGAGUACUACAUCUCGCACAACCUCGCGAAAGCGUUCGAGUCGCUGUUUGGCAGUGUGACGUGUCUGCCCGGAUGUUUCUCCAUGUACCGUAUCCGCUCGGCAGACAAGGGCCAUCCCCUCUUUAUCUCGAACCGCAUCAUUGACGAUUACUCGGAGAACCGUGUGGACACGCUGCACAAAAAGAACCUGUUGUCGCUGGGUGAGGACCGUUACUUGACGACGCUCCUCCUGAAGCAUUUCCCCGCGUUCCGCACCAAGUUCCGUGCGGACGCGUCGGCAAUGACUGCGGCGCCCGAUAAGUUCUCUGUGCUGCUGUCGCAGCGCCGUCGCUGGAUCAACUCGACGGUGCACAACCUGGCCGAGCUCAUGAUGAUGGAUGGUCUGUGUGGUUUCUGUUUGUUCUCGAUGCGCUUUAUCGUGUUUAUUGAUCUCCUCGGUACGAUUAUCCUGCCCGCGACCGCCGUGUACAUGGUCUAUUUGAUUGUGACGGUGGCAACCGGCAACGGCCCCAUUCCCAUCAUUGCGAUUGUGAUGAUUGCUGCCGUGUACGGUUUGCAGGCGAUCAUCUUUUUGCUCAAGCGCCAGUGGCAAUACAUUGGCUGGAUGGUAAUCUACAUGAUCGCGUUCCCCCUGUACGCCUUCCUCCUUCCGAUCUACUCUUUCUGGCAUAUGGACGACUUCUCGUGGGGCAACACACGUAUCGUUGUCGGCGAGAAAGGCAACAAAAAGGUCGUGGCCGGCACGGACGACGAACCGUAUGACGAUUCGAUGAUCCCGCGCAAGCGCUUCACCGAGUACCAGCAAGAGAUCCUUGCUGCGGGCGAUGCCCCGCGGGAUACCCUGCUCUACGAGCCGUCGCGCGAGGCGCGGAUGAUGACGCCGGACCCCGAGUACGCCGACUACUUCCAGCACACGAACCUGCUGGAAAAGGCUAAGGGCCAGCGCCAGUCGCUCGCUUCGUCGCAAGGGCCGCGCGACUCGAUGACGCCGAGCAUGUACACCGCGCCGCACCCCAUGUCGAUGUACGGCAUGCCUCCGACGAUGUCGAUGUAUGGCAUGCCACCGACAAUGUCGAUGUACGGCAUGCCGCCGAUGGGCAUGCCCCCGCCCAUGUACGGAAUGCCGCCGUGGAAUACACCGACCAUGCGGCCCAUGUCGGGCGCGAGCGCCGCGUAUCCCUCGGGCCACAGUGUCCUGCCCGAGGACCCGACGCACGACCCCAGCGAUGAGCAGCUCCGCGCCGCCAUCCGCUCGUACCUCGCCGCGCAGCCCAGCCUGAUGAACGUGACGAAGCGCGACGUCCGUGAAGCGCUCGCCACGUCCAUGCCGAACGCCGACUUGACCUCGCGGCGCACCAAGAUCAACAUGAUGAUCGACGAGCUCCUUUCCGGGGGUUAG